ACCCAACAAGUCGUGACAUUUUUCGACUAAUUAGAUAUGUCGAAAGAAUGAGAUCUUUCUUCUUUAGUAGUAUCUAGUUUACAACCGGGAAACAUGGUGGUGACAUGGUGGCAAUUGGUGGUGGGGGUUGCAGCCCUUGUAUUUGUUUCAGUGGAUUGCCAAGAAUAUCAAAACAUGGAAGAUUUAACUUUUAAGACACAAGGCGCUUGUUCAGUUGUUGUAGACAAUAAGACAACAUUUUGUGCCCCACCUAUCACCGAUUCAUGUAGAAAUGAUAGUGAUUGUGAUGAAGAUGUAAAAUGCUGUGACAACCCAUGUGGUAAAUAUUGUGCUAAUACGACCAUGCCAUUUAUCACCGAGAAACCAGGAAUUUGUCCGGCAUUAUUAGAUGCUGGUGGAGUGUCUUGUAUUACACCUACGAUUGAUGAAUGUUAUCAGGAUGUGGAUUGUCAAGGAGACGAUAAGUGUUGUGUAAAUCCUUGCGGAAAAUAUUGUGCUCCUCCAUCAAAACAUCUUGCUGCAUCCAAACCAGGUAUAUGUCCGACCCCAUUCGAUCCACACACCGUUUUCUGUGCUAGAAACAGUAAAGAUUCGUGUAGCCAUGAUGGUGAAUGUUCGGGAAAUUUAAAAUGUUGUUCCAACCCAUGUGGUAAAUAUUGUGCUACACCUCACCUGCCAGCUGUCGGACUACAUAUACCAGUUUCAACUGCGUCAACUGCUCCAGGCGAUUGUCCCAGAGCUCCUGACCCAUUACAGAUUGUAUGUUCUACACCCAUCACCGAUUCCUGUCAACAUGAUAAUGAAUGCAGAGAAGGUUUAAGAUGCUGUAGCAAUCCAUGUGGAAAAUAUUGUGCCUUUCCAGUUCGACCAGAACCCUCAUUUAUACCCAGAAAUGAUUUCUGUCCCGUACCACCAGAUCCGAGAACAACAUUAUGUUCUCUACCCAUAAUAGACUCAUGUGCAACUGACGAAGACUGUGAUGAAGAUGGAAAAUGCUGUGAUAAUCCAUGUGGUAAAUAUUGUGCUGGUACCAUUGAGGAAAUACCAUAUGAUAAACCAGGUUUCUGUCCAUUGAUAAUAACAUUUGGCGCAUGUUCUACUACACAUAAUCAGUGUAAAUCAGAUAUUGACUGUAGAGGGAGAAGUAAAUGUUGUCGAAGCAAAUGUGGUACCGUCUGUAGAUUUCCAAAAAAUGGGUGGUACUUCGAUUUCCAUUCCCUUAUUUAGACGUCAGUGACACAAAUCAAUGUUUUCAAAUCUUGGACACUGUAAUUUAGUUAGAUAAUUAAUUGUAAACAUUGCAAUAAAAUAUUGUGUAAGCCAAAAUUGUAGUUAUUUGUAAAUGGUUUAGAAAUCGUUGUAAUAAAGAAAACUAUACUUUG